AGGGAACUGCUCUCAUGCUGCCACCUGUCGCUACUCGGAGCUCCUCCCUUUAUUCCCUCCGUCCCCCCCGCUUUUGUCCCCUUCUAUUUGUGCUCUUCCGCUCCCCGUCCGCCUCCCUCCGCCUUAUAAAUACGCCUGACCACCGCUCAAACCACACUCUCUCCUCACACUCAGUUGCAGCGAUGGGCUCGAUCUCAGACCCGCCCCUUCUGACCAACUUCACCCAACUCCUCCGGAGAUGCCACACCAACCCCUCCUCCUCUCCAAUCAAGAAUGUCAACAUGAUGCCCCAGGAGUGUGAGCUCCCGGUCAUCGACCUGAGCGGGCUGAGCAGUGGAUGUGAGGCGGAGAGAAGGUCGUGCGUGGAGGCCAUAUGCCGGGCCUCUGCGGAGUGGGGAUUCUUCCAGGUGGUGAACCAUGGGAUCAGCAGCGAGCUGCUUGGGGAGAUGAGGAGGGAGCAGGUGAAGUUGUUCGAGACGCCCUUCGAGACCAAGGCCCACUCCGCCCUCCUCAACAACUCCUACCGCUGGGGCACUCCCACUGCCACCUCCCCUGCCCAGUUCUCCUGGUCUGAGGCCUUCCAUGUACCCCUCACCAAGAUCUCUGACCCCUCUUGCUAUGGCCAGUUCAUCUCUCUCAGGGGAGUGAUGAUGGAGUUUGCCACCGCCAUGUCUAGGCUGGCCAGGACGCUGGCGGGGGUCCUGGCGGAGAACCUCGGGCAUCGGGGCGGCCGCGGCGCGUUCGACGAGAUGUGCCACGAGAGCACGUGCUUCCUCCGGCUGAACCGCUACCCGGUGUGCCCGCUGUCGCCGGAGAUGUUCGGGCUGGUGCCCCACACGGACAGCGACUUCCUGACCAUUCUGUACCAGGACCAGGUGGGAGGCCUCCAGCUCCUCAAGGACUCCCGGUGGGUCGCCGUCAAGCCCAACCGAGACGCUCUCAUCGUCAACAUCGGAGACCUUCUUCAGGCGUGGAGCAACGACGUGUACAAGAGUGUGGAGCACAAGGUGAUAACGAACGACAAGGUGGAGAGAUACUCCGUUGCCUACUUCCUUUGCCCUUCGUACGACUCUCUGAUCGGGAGUUGCAGAGAGCCCUCCGUCUACAGAAAGUUCACUUUUGGAGAAUACCGGAAGCAAGUCCAAGAGGACGUCAAGAAAACAGGCCACAAAGCUGGUCUCCCACGUUUCAGGCUACAAACGAGUAUAUAAACACAGUUCAUUCAAUUGAAAUAUACGAAAGCCAUCCUGUGGGGACCUCCAUGGUUUAUAUACUAAUACAGUUC